AUGUCGGGUGGCGGUACUGGCCUCAGCAGUGGCGCCGUGGCCGAAGCGGCUUUGGAGGCCUGGAUGGACUGCGGCCCUGAGGGCUAUGUGCUGGACAGCUCUCGGCUGUCCGCCUCCCGGCUCGCCGGGCGGAUCCCCUGCAGGUCCAAGUCCGCGGCGGACCUGGGCCGGCUCUUUGUGGAGCAGGAAGGCGAGCCUGCAAUCUUUGUGCAGAUGUUGCGGCCGCAGGAGGGCAAGGCUCCUUGA